AUGAACAGUUUAGGUACUUAUUCUAGCUUUGUUGAUCCGGCUAAAGUCCACACUUUGGUGGUACCUAUAGGUAAAUGGGAGGUCCAGAAGUUUAAAAGUGCUGUUGAAUUGUUGAAGGAUGUUUCUGAGAUUCGGUUGUUGGAUAUCUCUGCUAUCGAGAGCUUACUUUUCACUCCCCAGGGGUUCCCGCAUGGACGUAUCUUUUUGGAUAUUAUUACUAGUGCUAACAACGAGGCUUUAGAUCUUUUCCUGUAUGAUUUCGAGCCAUUUAGAAAGAUAUUUAUAGUCAUUGGGCUAGUCAACGAUGAGAGCGAUCCAUCAUUAAAUUUGGAGACGUUGAAGGAGAAGUUCCCGGCUAUAACUUCUCAGAAUUUGAUAUACACUUCCAAUUUACCGGAAUCGUUUAAAGCGGAAGAAUUGGAAACUGGAAAUGUUUUCCGUUGGAACAUGGAUCAAGUGAUCCAAUUGGAGGCUAUAAUGUGUGAUAUCAGUAGGAACUUCUUACUGGCUUUGGACCGUUAUUACUCUUCUUAUAAACAUGUCACAUUGAGAUCCCCCGGUGCCAUUGGUGGAAGUACGGUCUUAAAGACUACUCUGACCACUACGGCGGGCUCUCAAGUCAAAACGAAUAUCUCUUCAAAGUCAUCCAAUGCAUCCAAGAGAUUGUCCACUUUUGAAAAGACGACCUCGAACUUGAAAAGGUCGGCUUCUCUGCAGAUUGCCAGAUCUCUCUCGACUUCGGAUAAUAAGGCCCAGCAAAGAUCUCAGGGUAGACAAUUGAAAAUAUUGGGGAACUUCCAGCUGCUAUCUGGUAGAUACGUUGAUGCGUUAAACAGUUUCACCGAGGCAGUAGUGCUGUUGCAUAUCGUAAGGGAUAAUUUAUGGCUCGGUUCCGCAUUAGAUGGUAUUGCAAUCUGUUUCAUUUUAUUAUCAUAUUUGGAAGUUUCUUUCCAUGUGCCGUCAGCGAUAACAGAACUCUGCCCAAUCCAUAAGCUUCAUUCGGACAGCAUUCCAUCGACACCAAGAAAUAGUGUCACCGUGGCCCCAAUGCUAUCGUCCCCGCGAAAUUCAGUCAACUCUUCAAGUUCAGUCCCAGAUCUAGAUAUUAAAAAUGUUAAUCUUCCAUUUCUUAUAAAAGCGAUAUCCGAUAAAAUUUUACAUUAUUACAAUUUAACCUUAUCACAGAGUUCGGAAUACGUUCCUCAGACAGUUUACUGUGAUAUUCUUCUGAAAACAUUGACUUUCAUGACUGCCUGUAAAUCAGGUCCUAAUCUAGAAUCGACAGAUCUGAAAACUAUUGUACAUGGUCUGCAUUCGGAAUUGUCUGAAUCAAAUUCUGAAGUUCCAACUUUCUCAAAAAUGGAAAUUUAUGGUUUUGCCUCAAAGUUAUUUGAACUUCAGUUGAAAGACAUGGAAAUUCUGGUCCAAAGAAAUAUAUAUUAUACAUUAGCUGAGAUAUAUGGUUUGCUUGGCUUUACAAGGAAAAAGUCAUUUGUUUUAAGAUUAUUAUUAGUAACUUUAGUUGCCACUGCUCAAAAUACAAUAUGGACCUCUGAUUAUCAUUGUCUAUUGGAGAAAAUGACAAGGCUAUACGGUAUAGAUAGAAGAAUGCCAGAGAUUUCGAUAGAUGAUGCGUCAAAGUCAUCUUGGUUGACUUUUCAAAAGAAAGCACUUCAACUAUGUUUAACAGUUUCAGAAAGAGUCAGGGACUACGAUUGCAUAUCAAAAUUUUCUUUACUAUUAAUCACCAGAUAUACUCAUUUAUUAACACGAAUGGAACAGGAAAAAAUACUUAAUACUAAUAUACUUCCCAUGAUUGAAAGUUCUUUCAUUAGCAAAUAUUGGGAUCCAUUUCUCUUAAGAGAAGUAUCCCUAGUGCGCAAUGUAUCAAACUUUGUCACAAAUAGCUCAGAUAGUGUUAAUGAUAAUAUAUUACUAAAAAAAAAUGAGUUUAUGUUAAAUUCUAAUCCAAAUGAUGGUCAGCAAGUUUUUAACCCAUUCAGACACACUAGAGGAUCGUCAGUGACUGAUUCUACCUUAAAUAGGCCAACACUUCAAGGAACUUUCUUAGUUGGAGAUAUUGUUGAUAUAAUGUGUAAAUUCCAAAACCCCUUCAAAUUUGAUAUUCAAGUAUAUGGUAUUAAAUUAUCUGGAAACAAUGCUAAAUAUGCAACAAUUAUAAACUGUGACUUAUCGGAAAAUAACCCUAUGGUAUUAAGUGCCGAAUCAUUUACAUCUACUUAUUUGAAAAUUAAAUUACUGAAGCCAACAUUUGAAAAGCAUUUCACAAUAUCAUCUCUAUCACUAUCCAUUAUGGGUUUAAAAUACGACGAUUUUGAAAUAGUACUAACUGAAAAUAAGUCUAAAAGCACUAGUAUGAUGAUAAAUGACCGAAGAAAUUUAGGUGACUUUAGCAUCAAGAUAUUACCUGAGCAACCAGAAUUGCAUGUAGUAAAAGCCUCAGAUAUGAUAGAAAACAAGUUUAUGUUUUUGGAAGGAACGAAACAGAAAUCUUCGAUUGUGUUGAAAAACAAGUCAUUGAAUUCAUCUGUAGAUUAUAUUUCGAUAAAACAGAUUUCUAAUAUAGAACAGUCAUUGAAAUCGGAUUAUUGGAAAAAUGUUUUACCUGAUGAACUGUAUGAUAUGGAAAUGCAAUUGGAAAAUAUAAAAGAAAAAGCAUUAAAAAUAAUUAGAUGUCCGAAAUCUAUUAAGCCAAAUGAAAUAGCAGAGGUAGAAUUUGAAAUUGACACUUCCUAUAUGCCAUUUGAACUAACUGAUAUAGAAGUCACUAUUGAAUACGGACAAUAUUUAGAAAAUACAGAGGAUGUAUAUGUUAAGCAGUUGAAAUUGCCUUAUAACUUUACAUUAAAGAGAAGCAUUGAAGUUACAGGGAUUCUUAUUACCCAGUUAAAAGAAACAUUUCCAGAUAGUUCACUAACUGUUGAUUGGAUUGGUUAUAUUAUGGGUAAAUUAAAAGAAGAUAAGAACAAAAAAAUUUCAGAUUAUGCAUUAGUGAUGAUAGAUAUGAGAAAUUCGUGGAUUGAUGGUAUAAAAUUGAACUUCACAUUCAAAGAUUACUGCAGUCAAGAAUAUUUUCUAGAAGGUGGACAUACCACAAGAAUUAUUGUACCUGUUGAACGAUUGGAUUUUAACCAUCGUAAGUUCUACCAAGAGCCAAUCCCAAAGAUUUUUAAAGGAAGACAAUUUAUUCAAAGUGGUUUAAGCGAAGAAGAAAUUUCUGAUAUGCGUGUGAACUUUUGGUGUAGAGAAUACGUUAUCAAUAAUUUGAAUUGUCUAUGGAAUCUAUCUACUGGAAAUUUAUCAGGAGAUGUUAAUUUCAGACAAUUUGUUGAAAAAUUUGACCCUAAAAUGGUUAACUCAAUAUACAAAGGAUGCUCUCAAUUUGACUUAAACUUAUCAUUAAGUGAAAGAGAAGUUAAUAUCGGGUCUAAUCUAAUAGCAACAGUAUCAUUGAAUCUACAAAAUAUUGAAAAGGAGGACCUAACACCUUUAUUUGUUAAUUUUACUAUGGUUGAUAGCAGAUGCAACAUUCCAUUACCAAAAGUAAAUAAUAGAAUUUUGUACAAUGGGAUAUUAUGCCAACCGUUAUUUUUAUCUACUGAAGAGAAGGUGCAGUUAGAGAUGACCCCAAUUGAAAAAGGUGAUUAUGAGAUAUCAGUGAGUAUAUCGGAGGAUUUAAAUGGUGAAACGAUAAUACCAAAUAGCUUAGAGUCUGUAUCCUUUAAAGUUAACUAG